AUCAACCACGCAUGCAGACUCACCCCCGCAUUUCCCAUUCAUCCGGCUCGUUGGAAAGAUGUAGCGAGCUGUGGAGUAGGUUACAACCGCCUUGAUUCGAUUUCGCGGUGCUCAAGAUAUAUUUCAAGUGUGCUUGCAUCAGUCUUUUUUUCUUGUCUUCUUGUACGGUCUUCUAUUUCGACAAAAUGAAUACACUCAAUCCCAUCAUCCCUGGCUUCUCGCCUGAUCCUUCGCUCGUCCUGGUCGAUGGGACGUAUUUCCUCGUAAACUCCUCAUUCCACAUGUACCCUGGUCUGCCUAUAUACACCUCGCAGGAUCUCGUGCACUGGAAACAAAUCGGAAAUGCGAUCGACCGCCCCUCACAACUCAGCCUGAAAAAGUCGUCAACAUUCGUUCAUGUGGUUGGUGAGAGUGAUGGUUUGGUCGCAACAGGCGGUCUCUACGCACCCACCCUCCGCCACAACAAUGGAACUUUUUACAUUGUCUGUACAAACCUGAUACACCACACAAAUGGUGCUCCACCAGUCAUGUCCAACUUCAUCAUCUCGACUACAGACAUCUGGGGCGGGAAAUGGAGCGACCCCAUCCCCUUUGAUUUCUAUGGAAUCGAUCCUAGCCUCUUCUUCGACGCCGAUGGAAAGAGCUUCAUCUGUGGGUCUGCGUACCCUGGCCCAUCGACCAGAAUCGCUCUUUUCGAGAUCGAUCUCGCCACAGGGAAGAAGUUGAGCAAAGAAAUCGACAUCUGGACUGGCACCGGUGGCAUCUACCCCGAGGGACCGCAUAUAUAUUUCCACAACACGUUUUACUAUGUGAUGGUUGCUGAGGGAGGUACGCUUGAAGAUCACAUGGUGACAAUGGCGAGGAGCAAAGACAUAUGGGGUCCGUAUGAAAGUUGUCCGAGAAACCCGGUACUGACAGCGAGGGGGACGGACGAGUAUGUGCAGUGUACGGGACAUUGUGAGGCGUUUGAAGAUCAACAGGGCGGGUGGUGGGGCUUUUGUUUGGGAAUCAGAAUGAAAAAGAAAGACGAAGGCAGAUAUGUGCUCGGUCGCGAGACAUUCCUUACAAAAGGAAACUGGAGCGAAGAUGGCUGGCUCGAGUUUGACCGCGUAAAGAUGGACCUGAAAAUCCCCGGAGUAAAAGUGAAAGAAGAGCAGAGACUGACUGCAGCGCCGGGUGUUGACUUCCUGUACAUCCGCGAUCCGGAACUAUCGUACUACAGCAUCUCAGACGACUGCAAGAACUUCGAACUCACCUCGUCGCCUUUCGAUCUCGACACGCCUGAACAUUCACCUACGUUCCUCGGAAAACGCCAGCGUCAGCUAAACGGCACAAGCAGUGUCACUAUCACGAAUCUCCAGCAAGUAGGUAGCAAUCGCGAUCACUGCGCUGGUCUUGCCGUCUACAAGGACGAAUAUCGUUUCCUUAGAAUCUGCUAUUCCCCAUGGACGUCAACCAUAGCUUUCGAAGUGCGCAACAAAGUAAGUGCUAUUAAUCGGUCUUUGGUGCACCGCAUUCGUGGCUCUCCGAACACACUGCGCCUUGUUUUGAAGUACACGGACAUGGAGUAUGAAGCUUCAUACAGCGUCGACGGCGCAAAGAGCAUAGUAUCGGGCACAGCUGAUACGAUGGAUCUGAGCGAGAUGGACUUUGUGGGGCCGAUCAUUGGGCUUUUCGUGACAGGAGAGGGUGGCGAGGUGUGUUUCAAAGACUUUGAGGUCGCCUAGGUGUCGAUGUGGUGUGAUGGGAUUCGGGUGGUUGGAGAUGGGGCUGGGGAAAGGUGUUGUGAGGGGUAAAUAUCUAGCGUGAUCCUUAGUCAUGCACGCGUCUGGGGAAUGCGGAGAACCUUUUGCGUCUUCACACCACCGCACACAACGUAAUCUGGCCUUAACGGCGUAUACAACACGAGAUCAUGCGAUUUGUGGAUGAUGGAUAUCUUAGCUUUAGUGAGCUUGCGACAGCAAUAUGAUCAACUUGGCAAGAUUGCGUGAACAAGUCGUCAUGUUCGCCGACCAGGAUCGACCGCUUUCAUCAUCAUCAUCAUCAUCCCAUCCUCGUGCAUAUGUAUGCCACUGUUCACCUCCCGCUUUCGUCCACUUCUCCGCAUUCUCAUACUACCUAGCAUACAAGAACCAACGGUGUAAUGAUAAGAAACAAGGAAGUAUGAUAAUAACGACGUG